AUGGUAUUUUCAAUCGUUGGCUUUUCACUUCUUUCACUUGUUAGUGUUUCGCUAGCAGCAAAAGAGUGUCCGAAAAUUGUCACACAAAAAAGUUUUGAUGUUACUAAAUAUGUUGGUUUAUGGUAUGAGGCUUUUCGAUCCGAUAUUAUUUUUGAACUUGGAUCUAGAUGUGUCAAUGCAACAUAUACGCCGAAUGCUGAUGGAACAGUAGGUGUUUGGAACCAAGCAGUAAAUUGGCUAGAUGAUUAUACAAGCAUUCGCGGAACAGCUAAAGUGAAAAAUGCUUCAGAACCAGCUGCAUUUAUUGUUACUUUUGAUAAUCCAAUUCAAAAGGGUGACUACAAUGUAAUCACAUCGAAUUAUGUGGAUUAUGCACUUGUCUAUUCUUGCGAAAAUAUUCCAAUAAUUGAUAUAAAAUUGGAAUUUAUCUGGUUUCUUUCACGAACAAAGACGAUGUCUGACUCAGUUGUGAAUGAACUCAAGAAGAUUCUUACUGACAUGGGUGUUGAUGUUGGCACUCUGACACGAACGGCGCAGAACUGUUAA